AUGAGUUCUCCACUGCUGAAGCUUGGCGCUGUGCUUAGUACCAUGGCAAUGAUCUCAAACUGGAUGUCCCAAACUCUACCAUCCUUGGUAGGACUGAAUUCCACAAGGCUGUCGACGACAGAUGCCUUAACCCAGAUUAGUCCCAAAGAAGGCUGGCAAGUGUACAGCUCAGCACAGGAUCCCGACGGGCGAUGCAUUUGCACAGUGGUUGCUCCGGAACAGAACCUGUGUUCCCGGGAUGCCAAAAGCAGGCAGCUUCGCCAACUGCUGGAAAAGGUUCAGAACAUGUCCCAGUCUAUUGAAGUCUUAAAUUUGAGAACCCAGAGAGAUUUCCAAUAUGUUCUAAAAAUGGAAACCCAAAGAACAAUCGGCUGCUUUUCACAGGAGCUGAAAGAGAAGAUGGACGAGCUCCUGCCCUUGAUCCCUGUGCUGGAACAGUACAAAACAGAUGCCAAGUUAAUCACCCAAUUCAAGGAGGAAAUCCGGAAUCUGUCUGCAGUCCUCACUGGGAUUCAGGAGGAAAUCGGAGCCUACGAUUACGAGGAACUACAUCAAAGGGUGCUUAGCUUGGAAACCAGACUACGUGACUGCAUGAAAAAGCUAACAUGUGGAAAACUGAUGAAAAUCACAGGCCCAAUUACAGUCAAGACAUCUGGAACCCGAUUUGGUGCUUGGAUGACAGAUCCAUUAGCAUCUGAAAAAAAUAACAGAGUCUGGUACAUGGACAGUUAUACUAACAACAAAAUUGUCCGUGAGUACAAAUCAAUUGCGGAUUUUGUCAGUGGGGCAGAAUCAAGGACAUACAACCUCCCUUUCAAAUGGGCAGGAACUAACCAUGUUGUCUACAAUGGCUCACUCUAUUUUAACAAGUAUCAGAGUAACAUAAUCAUCAAAUACAGCUUUGAUAUGGGGAGAGUGCUUGCCCAAAGAAGCCUGGAGUAUGCUGGCUUUCACAAUGUUUACCCCUACACAUGGGGUGGAUUCUCUGACAUUGACCUAAUGGCUGAUGAAAUCGGGCUGUGGGCCGUGUAUGCAACUAACCAGAAUGCAGGCAAUAUUGUCAUCAGUCAACUUAACCAAGAUACCUUGGAGGUGAUGAAAAGCUGGAACACCGGCUAUCCCAAAAGAAGUGCAGGGGAAUCUUUCAUGAUCUGUGGGACAUUGUAUGUCACCAACUCCCACUUAACUGGAGCCAAGGUGUAUUAUUCCUAUUCUACCAAAACCUCCACCUAUGAGUACACAGACAUCCCCUUUCACAACCAAUACUUUCACAUAUCCAUGCUUGACUACAAUGCCAGAGAUAGAGCUCUUUAUGCCUGGAACAAUGGUCACCAGGUCCUGUUCAAUGUCACCCUUUUCCACAUCAUUAAGACUGAGGAUGACACAUAA